AGUGGUUCGACUCAACUUUGUUCGCUGACAUCAGCCAAGCUUUGUCAGGUGUUCGCCACAGCGGGAACCCCUUGUACCACCAUUCCGCCACUCAUGGUGCACGCGGACGAGGCAGGGAAGAUGUACAGCCCCUGUUUGGAUGGCAAUGUCGAUGCACAGGGGGCCGUUACGCCUGACCAUUCCAGCAAAAUGAUUUUGCAUCAGGCGAAGACAGAGAACACUUUGACGAAAGAAGGUGUGGUGAAACCAGCCGCUUGUGGCGCAGAGGCCAUUGCAGAGGACGUGGAUUUGGCCGUUCUUUCCCUGCUGAAGCGGCUACUUGAUGCGCCUCUCAGCGAAGCUUCGCAGGAGUCGGCCCCCUCUUCGGUGCGCACGGACACGGACGAGACAGGUGUUCUGGCCUGCCAGAUGGCGGAGAGCAGUUCGGAGAGUUCGGAGUGCUUUGCGUCCGGAACCACUGCCACCAACGGGCGAAUGGAGGAGAAGAGCCAGCAGCGGUCUGGAGCAGCGGUCGACCCGUCCGCCUCGCAGCGGCAGGCGCAAGGCGCAGCCCCCCCCAUACAGUGGCCCAUCGAGGACCUCCGUCCUCUUCCAGAGUGGCAGGUGCAACAACUCAAUCAGGGCCCCGGACAGCAGGCGCAGCAGCAGCAACAGACGCAGGCUCCGCAGGCUCCGCGAUUUCCGACCUUGGCCCAGGGCGAACAGUACUGCCGUUGCCACCAAGACGGCCGUCUCUGCGAAAGUAAAAGACCAUGGGUCCUGUGCCAUCACUAUGCAGUGCUUGCCCAAGUCUUUUCGGAGUGACAUGAAGGUGAGUCGAGAACUUCGGUUCAUGUGAGGAUUCUUUCCAGUGACCAAGCAUGAGCGUCACUGAUAGGUAGCGCAUGACAUUUUACCACUAGUCCUUGCACCUUAAAGCUCGUGAUGCAGGAUGGAACCUGCAAUCGUGGCAGAGGCUGCGGCUUCUGCCACGAGGCGUCACAUGCCCAGCUUGUGGAGGAGUGUCCGGAGAGUUCUUUCAUGUUCAAUGCUUUCCCCGGGCCUUCGGACGUUUCGGCACCACUCCGGAGCGUUUCGUCCAAGGCCUCGCCGCCACGGGCGUGGACGGGCUGCAAGCCGGCGAGGAGCCAACGGCCUUCAUGCAGAGUUGGAGGUGCGGAUCAAAAUCACAUCGAGUCGUAGAAUUGAGUGGCAACAGUUUGACGGUUUGCCAAGCUGGUUUUGCAAGCUGGCCAUGGAAGUUAAUGUCCUUUUAAGCUUUUUGAGCGCAUCCAACAUGGGUUGCCGGUUGAGCGCAUUCGGAGCAGCUUCCUUCUCACCGGAAGAGAAAGACCUUGGUCCUUUACGGCUUUUCAUGACCUUCCAACCGAGUUCUCAAAGGCGAAUCUGGGCCAUCGCGUUGCGAAAACACUUGCUGAGAAGCUAGCUGAUGAGUCGAGAGGCUCUCCGGACGCUCGUGACAUCUCGAGGAAGUUUCACGAGACUGAGCUGUUGAGAACAGAACUUGAUCUCCGGCAAUGUCAACUAGUUUGCUUUGUGGCAUUUUGGUUUGCCUGAGUCAGGCCAGACCAAAAGAAUGCAAGAGUUUUGCGCAACAGUUGAUGUUUUGC